GAUUUCCCUGCUCCUUCCUCCGCCUCGGCCAUCCCGGGGUCCCGCUUCCUGCCCGCCCGCUGCCCACCCGGCCCCGGCCCCAUGCCACGCUCCCGCGGGGACAAGGGGACCCCCAAGGACACGGAGCCCCCGCAGAAGGGGAAAGGGGGGCACGAGGCGGGGGAGAAACCCCCCAAAGCCCUCGAGGACGGCGGUCCCCCGGCCUCCAAGAAUUCCGGCUCCGAGUCCCGGCACGGCGGCCACGGGCAGAAAAGUGGGAAGAAGGGUCCCGUGGACCCCCACGCUGCUGCCACCAAGACCUACUCCCCCUUCCUCAACACCGUCUUCGGCAAGGAGCGGGACCUGUCACCGGAGGAGCUGGAUGAGCUGCUGGACGCCUUCAAGGAGUUCGACACGGACCAGGAUGGCUACAUCAGCUACAAAGACCUGGGUGCCUGCAUGCGCACGCUGGGGUACAUGCCCACUGAGAUGGAGCUCAUCGAGAUCUCCCAGCACAUCAAGAUGAGGAUGGGUGGCCGCGUGGACUUUGAAGACUUUGUGCAGAUGAUGGGCCCGAAGCUGCGGGAGGAGACGGCGCACAUGGUGGGCGUGAGGGAGCUCAAGAUCGCCUUCCGCGAGUUCGACAUGAACGGGGACGGGGAGAUCAGCACGGCCGAGAUGCGCGAGGCCAUCGCAGCGCUGCUGGGGGAGCAGCUGAAGGCACAGGAGGUGGACGAGAUCCUGCAGGACGUGGAUCUCAACGGGGACGGGCACGUGGACUUCGAUGAGUUCGUGAUGAUGCUGUCGUCCCGGUAACGGAGCCACCGGGCAGGAGGGGACCCCCGGAUGACCCCUCAGCCCCUCCUCAGCCGCUCCCUGCCCGGCCAGCCGACUCGGGAGCUCUGCCAGCAUCAGGGUUCAGAGGGAACAGGCGGAGCGGAGCACCUGGGAAUGGGGUAGAGACCCCCGACCCCAAAAGCCACCGGGGGGGGUGGCAGGGCCGGGGGAAGCCGGGGGACCCAAUAAACCCCUUUGACCGGG